ACACGACACCGUAUAUAGUGACAUUUGUAGCAGGCUCACGACAAGGAUAACAUUUUUUUCACAGGAAAGACGUAUAACUCGGCAAACAUGCGGUGUCUGGUCGUCGCGGUAAUUGUCACAUUCUUCCAGGGCUGUACAUCUUUGAAUCUGGAUGACGUCAAGCUUGGUGAACUAAACUGGUACGUGACUGGAAAGGUCUCAAAGAUUAUACGGGAUAACAUGGGAGCAACAUUUCAGAAUAUGACAGCUGAACAACAGGACUGUGAGGGUAAAAUAACCCUCGUUUCAGACACCUGUUUUGAGUGUAACAGGUUAAUUUCUGAGCAACAGAUAGCAAACGCAGAGCGAGUGGAACUGGUCUUAGAAAACGCUCAAAAACAAAAGGAGGCUAGAGCAGUAACAGGGGAGUGGAAACAAAUCAGAGGAAACAUAAUAAAGGGUUUAAAGAAAGCUGUGAAAAAAGCCAGAGAUUUCUUUGAGAAAACAAUUGUGCCAAAGAUUAACCUGCCAACACUCUCAAAGAUUAAGUUGCCUAAAGUUGAUUUACCAUCGAUAAAUAUACCUAAUGUCAUUAUCCCCGAAAUUACACUACCAAAGGUUAAGUUGCCUAAAGUCGAUUUACCAUCGAUAAAUAUACCUAAUGUCAACAUCCCUGAAAUUACACUACCAAAGGUUAAGUUGCCUAAAGUUGAUUUACCAUCGAUAAAUAUACCCAAUGUCAUUAUCCCCGAAAUUACACUACCAAAGAUUAAGUUGCCUAAAGUCGAUUUACCAUCAAUAAAUAUACCUAAUGUCAAUAUCCCUGAAAUAACAAUCCCAAACAUUCAGAUACCUAAAAUUCCUAUUCCGUCUGUAGAUCUUUCAAAAUUUCGAUUACCUGAAAUUACGAUUCCAAAAAUAGAUUUUGGUAAUCUUCAAAUUCCACAGUUCACGCUUCCUCGAAUAAAGUUUCCGAAAAUCAGCUUUCCAAAACUGGACCUUGGGAAAAUUUUCAGAGGCAAACGGUCAAUUACAGAUUGCAAAGAAUGUGAACAAUUUAGAACAGACAGCGAGAAAAACAUCGUAAGGAAAGUUUGCGGUCGCCGGUUUUUAAAGCAGACAGAAUCCAAACAGAAAACACUGGAGAAGUUGGCACUGCUUUACUCUGCCCAAGAAAAGGAUCUUAUAUACAAUGUCACAUUUGAUGAAGCCACAAUGGACUACACAAGUAUGACUGUGGAUUUGAUUAGUAUCGAAUUCAAAUUACCAAACGGAAUGGAGGUGCACAGGUACAAUGCAGCGGGCGUAAAGCUGUAUCUCUCAGAUAUGCAACGAUCUGCAGAAAUACUGGCUCCAAAACUCUUCCAGCAAUUCCUCAAUUAGUACACAAUGUUUUGAACUAUAUGGAAAAUAUAUCAUUUAGGAGAACAAUGCAUGCAUGUGUAUGAUGAAUGCCUCUAUUGUAAUUUACCAAAAUGAAAUUCUUUUGAUUGUAUCUAAUGGUUAUCCGCUAGGCCAUGUUUCUUUGUGUAUGCUUGUAAAGGGGGGGGGGGGGAGUGUGUAUCGGUGAAUUGGACUAUCAGUGAUCUCGUUAACAUCCACUAAUUAAUCUAAACUGUACAAACAAUAACCCUUAAAAAGUGGAAAGUUUCAUUCUAUGAAACGAAUAACGCAUUUUCUAUCUCUAGAACUGGUAUAUAAUAGCAGAAUAAAUUUCAUUGUAAACGAAUAGUUUUAUUUUGUUUUCCUCACGCUAGAAUCUUCACAAAGAAUGACAAUGUGCUAUAUCUGAAAUAACAUAAAAGUAUGCUAGCGCUAUUAUAAUGCUCUUUGAAAAGCUCUAUAAUGAAAAGAAAAGAAUUCAUACGGCAAUGGCUAGUGCGAGCACUAAUUUGUGAUUUCAAGCAUGGUAUUCGAUGAACUACUGAGUAUUACCAAUGCAUCAAUAAUAACAAUACGUAUUGUCCCAGCCAAUUAAUUUUGUAUAUUUUGGUCGAUUAGGCCUACGUCAUUUUGUUUGAACUUGUUUUAUUACGUCAUUUGUUUGAUCAUGAUAAUAAAUGACAUGUUGACUUAAAA